AUGUCAGCCCCGGCAACUAACACACCGGCAGUGGUCCGGAGCCACUCAACCUCAUCUCGUCCAUCUCGUGCCCCAUCGGAUCUUCCUCACCGGACACGGAGCGUGGCGGUCCGAUCGUCAAAUACGUCCCAGCCACCUAUACCAACGCAUCUGUCACAUUCGAAAACUCCUUCACAAGACCGACGUCCUCCAUCAAAUCAUGGUGCGCUUGAGGGUGCAGCCCGACGCGAUUAUGAGGCGUCCAACACUGCACGUAUGCCUUCUCGACGGGAGGCCUCUACGGAUCGCUCUCAAGAACGCCCGUCGACCGCUCGAACUGAAACUGCCCGGAGACAUCAACGAAACCCCUCAUCGCAAAGCCGCCAAAGGGAAAGUGUUGACAUGGCCUCGAGCUCGACUGCACAAGAAUCGUCACAAAAUGCGACCGGAACAAGUGCCCCCACCGCCGCAGCUGCGCCCAGACGACGAACUACGAUCACGACCCCGACGGGUCAGUGGGCCCUAGGCAAAACUAUAGGUGCCGGAAGCAUGGGUAAAGUCAAAUUGGCCAAAAACACCGAGACUGGAGAGCAGGUUGCCGUUAAAAUCGUUCCACGACUCUCGACUGAGGAACAUCGCAGCAGCCGGGAGACGGAGAGAGCCGAUCGCUCAAAGGAAAUUCGGACGGCUCGGGAAGCCGCCAUUGUGAGCCUAGUGGACCAUCCAUAUAUCUGUGGGAUGCGGGACGUCCUUCGAACAUCGUACCAUUGGUACAUGCUUUUUGAAUAUGUGAAUGGUGGCCAGAUGCUGGAUUAUAUCAUUUCUCACGGCAAAUUGAAGGAGAAACAAGCACGGAAAUUCGCGCGCCAGAUUGCCAGCGCCUUGGAUUACUGCCACCGCAACAGUAUCGUACAUCGCGAUCUGAAAAUCGAGAAUAUUCUUAUUAGCAAAACUGGCGAUAUCAAAAUCAUUGAUUUUGGUCUCAGCAACUUGUUCUCGCCAAGGAGCCUUCUGAAAACAUUUUGCGGCAGUCUGUAUUUCGCUGCGCCGGAGUUGCUUCAGGCCAGGCAAUAUACGGGGCCCGAAGUUGAUGUCUGGAGCUUUGGAAUUGUCCUUUAUGUAUUGGUGUGUGGGAAAGUACCUUUUGAUGACCAGAGUAUGCCUCAGCUGCAUGCCAAAAUCAAAAAAGGUGUGGUGGAAUACCCACCAGGUCUCACUACUGAAUGCCGCCACAUCAUAUCCCGCAUGCUGGUCACCGAUCCCAAACAGCGUGCAAGCUUAGCCGAGAUCAUGAGCCACCCCUGGAUGAAUAAAGGCUUUAGCGCCCCUCCAGAGAAUCAUCUCCCUCAUCGUGAACCGCUGCAGCUACCUCUAGAUCAAGAGGUUGUUGAAAAGAUGACUGGGUUUGACUUUGGGCCACCCGAGUACAUUACAGCCCAGUUAACCAAAGUAUUGGAGUCCGAGGAUUACCAGCAUGCUAUCCGACUGAAUAUCCGCGAACAGCAACAUUCUGUCUCAACCCACGCGGAGCGCAAGCGAGGAGUGUUCGAUUUCUACAAACGACGGAACUCUGCGGCCAGUCGUGAUACUCUUUCCGCCCCUUCAGCGGAGGCAGUGCAACUAGGCAAUGAUCCGUUGAAUGCAUAUAGCCCAUUAAUAUCCACAUAUCAUCUAGUCAAAGAAAAACUUGAUCGAGAGCGAUCCGAAGCGCGGCCUGGAGCCCUUGGCAUUCCUUCUCCCAGUGAAGUCCACGUGUCCGAUCUGCGGCCCCCUGAAGCGGCCCAUACCAAUCAAUAUCAGUUGGCUGGAGACAAGGAUACAGGGCGACGGUCUCGGCCACGGGCCCGCACCCAUGGCGAGGACGAAGCCCCAGAAACAAUGAAGAUACACCACGCUUCCUCCCCAUCUACCCACGCAAUGCCAAUCUCUCAACCUGACACGCCCGUUAAAAAGGAAAGCACCGCUGCUGGGAUUUUGAGACGAUUCAGCACUCGCAGAACGAAAGACCGUAGCCGCGAUGUGGAGCGCGAACGCAUUAGUACCCCCAACACACCCAUGCUCAAUGUCCAACCCCCUGCCGAUUCGGCGUCUCCAAUGCACCGUGGUUUCAGUGUAAGGAGAACCCGGCGGAUGGAAGCAUCGCCGGGCGGGACAUCGUCGACUGAUAGCCGGCCCCAGCAGGAUCUUCUCACAGCGCCAACUUCGGCUGAACGCAGUGCUCGGUCUAAUAAAUUCUUGGAGAGAUCCACAAGUGUGAACUCGGCGGAAUAUCGAGCUCGGAGAGCCGUACGGAGAAAUGAUGCCGAUACAAUGGACGUUGCUGCAGAUCAACAACCACCCUCCACCAGUGACUCUGAUCGGGUCAGUGCGGCUAAUCAGAAAGACCCAUCCAGUGCGAGGUCUGGCGGCCGUACACAUACGGCGCGAACCAUGUCACUUGGACAUGCCCGGCGAGAAAGUAUACAGGCACGCCGGGCCCGCCGUGAGGCUACGCGGGAGGCCAAUGUCCCCGAAGAGACUGAUGCCGACAUCUCCGGUGUAGGGACAGCACUGGAGAGCGCCAAUGAGGGAGAGGACCUGUCCAAACCAGUGUAUCUCAAAGGUCUUUUCAGUGUUUCGACUACCAGCAGCAAGCCUUUGCCCGUUAUUCGGGCCGACAUUAUUCGAGUCUUGAGACAGCUCGCGGUUGACUAUGUCGAGAUCAAGGGCGGCUUUAGCUGUCGACAUGCCCCCAGUAUCGAUCUCGAUAAGGUGAUUGAUGUUGCCCCUCCCAGCCCAGAGCGACAGGGGCAAGUAUCCGGGCACCGCCGUCGUAUCAGCUUUGGCGGCUUGCUUAACCAUGAUGAUAGUCGAGACGACAGUCGCACGGGGUCAUCCAAGCUUCGUCAGGCUCACGCCGCACCGGACCGCAGUUUCACCACAAACUCAGACGCCUCUGAUGAAUAUGUUGCACGGGAACAAGGUGGUACAGUCGGCGAACGAGUCGUUGGCGAAACCACUACCCGUGUGCAAAGCGAUACUGGAGAGAACCUGGUACUCCGAUUCGAAAUUCUGAUCGUGAAGGUUCCUCUAUUCUCGUUGCACGGUAUUCAGUUCAAGAAGGUAUCAGGUGGAAUGUGGCAGUAUCGCGAGAUGGCCAAGAAGAUCCUCGAUGCACUGAGACUAUAA